CCUGCAGUGUCCGCGUGAUUUUGAGCGAGUGCUGAAGAGCGGUGUGCUGUAGGGAGCUGGCGAAUUCUGGGGCGUCGUCCUGGGGAUCGGGGUGCCUCGGCGGACCCUCGGCACCCCGCGGAGGUAGGCGAUGGCGGCUCCCGGUGGCGGCCCAGACUCUGCUUAGGCCUCACUGUGAUCUCUGACAUGCUGGACAUUCUGCGCUGGGGCUUCCCACGAGAUCACUGAACUUACCUGCCUCCGCGAUUUAAUUUCGUCUCAGGCUUUGCCCCUGUGUAGUCGCUCUCCUAGCCACCGCUGACAGUCCCUGGAGCAAUCCGCUCUUCUCCAAGGCCAAGAACAGAAUUCUGUUUUAGCGAUUUGAGAAUGGUCGGGUAUUCGUCUCUCUCCGCACUACGCUCUACUCCUUUUGUGCCCAUCGUGUCACGUUAUGCUUAGAGACCCCGCUGAAAUGACAUUAUUUCCAGGCCUAAGGCAGAGUCACUGUGGUUAUUCUGAAAUUAGUUCCAGACUAUUGACCCUUGGAUAACAGUGCACUUACAUGAAACCAUGGCUGGUUAUAAACCUGUAGUGAUUCAAACAUAUCCUGUACUUGGUGAGAAAAUCACCCAAGACACUCUGUACUGGAACAACUACAAGACCCCUGUUCAGAUUAAGGAGUUUGGUGCAGUGUCCAAAGUAGACUUUUCUCCUCAGCCUCCAUAUAACUAUGCGGUCACAGCGUCUUCAAGAAUCCACAUUUAUGGCCGGUACUCUCAAGAACCUGUAAAAACCUUUUCCCGCUUUAAGGACACAGCAUACUGUGCUACUUUUCGUCAGGAUGGUCAGUUGCUUGUAGCUGGCAGUGAAGAUGGUGCAGUUCAACUUUUUGAUAUAAGUGGGAGGGCUCCCCUCAGGCAGUUUGAAGGCCACACAAAAGCAGUUCAUACGGUAGAUUUUACAGCUGACAAAUAUCAUGUGGUCUCUGGUGCUGAUGACUAUACUGUUAAAUUAUGGGAUAUUCCAAACUCCAAAGAAAUUCUGACAUUCAAAGAACAUUCUGAUUACGUGAGGUGUGGCUGUGCCAGCAAACUGAACCCAGACCUUUUUGUAACAGGAUCAUAUGAUCAUACUGUGAAGAUGUUUGAUGCCCGGACAAAUAAAAACGUUCUGUGUGUGGAGCAUGGGCAGCCUGUGGAGAGUGUCCUCCUUUUCCCCUCUGGAGGUCUUCUGGUAUCUGCAGGAGGCCGUUAUGUUAAAGUCUGGGACAUGUUAAAAGGAGGACAGCUGCUUGUGUCUUUGAAAAAUCAUCACAAGACUGUGACAUGUUUGUGUCUGAGCAGCUCUGGGCAGAGGUUACUCUCCGGCUCACUGGACAGGAAAGUUAAAGUCUACAGCACCACUUCCUACAAAGUCGUCCACAGCUUUGACUAUGCGGCUUCAAUCUUGAGUCUGGCACUUUCUCAUCAAGAUGAGACAAUAGUUGUAGGAAUGACCAAUGGAAUACUGAGUGUUAAACACCGGAAGUCUGAAGCAAAGAAGGAGUCUCUUCCGAGGAGAAGGAGGCCUGCAUAUCGAACCUUUAUUAAAGGGAAAAUUUACAUGAAACAACGGGAUGACAUCAUGGUCAGUAGGCCAGCCAAGAAGCACCUAGAAUGCUAUGACAGGGAUCUGAAAAGUUUUCGGAUCUCAAAGGCCCUCGACAGAGUCCUGGAGCCUAACUGUGUGAUAAAGACCCCUGAGGUUACAGUUUCCAUCAUAAAGGAACUGAAUCGGAGAGGCGUCCUUGCCAACGCCCUUGCAGGUCGGGAUGAGAAGGAGAUUACCCGGGUCCUUAACUUUUUGAUAAGGAAUCUGUCUCAGCCGAGAUUUGCCCCUGUUUUGAUUACUGCUGCUGAAAUCGUCAUCGAUAUAUAUUUACCUGUGAUUGGCCAGUCAUCAGUAGUUGAUAAAAAGUUUAUAGUACUUCAAGGACUUGUAGAAAAAGAAAUUGAUUACCAAAGAGAGCUCCUAGAGACCUUGGGGAUGAUGGACAUGCUGUUUGCUACCAUGACACGGAAUACCGGCGCCCCUGUGUCGGAGGAUGUGCCUGCGGAACUCCCAGAGGAGAAGACAGAGUCGUCAGUGCAGCCUAGUGACACUGACAAGAACUCCUAACCGGGCAUUGUUUGACUCUAUUAAUUACGGAGAAAAAAGCAGCUUUAAUACACUCAAAAGGAUAAUUGACAGAAGUUUUAUGGAAGAGACUGGAUUAAUCAAAAUUGGGGCAUAAGUACCUGUUUCAAGAUGUGGUUUUCCAUGUAUUGAUUUAUUUUGUGUCGUCUUCAGCUAGAAGAUCUUAGUUGUCUUGGUCACAGUGUCUUGUGGACAUCAGAUGAGUUGAUACUGGCCUUAAUGGGACCAGAAUCUCAGUUGCCGUAGGGCCUGUGACCCUCUGGAGAAGGUUCCAAGCGGACGGAGUCCUGCCAAGUGGACCGAACCUUGGUUUUGUUUUCUGCUUCUAGCCUGGGAAAUAUCAAGAACAACCAGCAACAAAACAUCUUUCUCUGUCCUCAGUGCCCUGGGCAGCUUUCCGUCCCUCUUGGUGGCCUUCUAAGUCUUAAGUCAUGUGCUGUCAUCAGCUGCUUAUGGGACUGUCUUCUAAGUGUGGCGGGUCACUGAAUAUUGCCCCUGGAAGUGCAUUUAGGGUCUGUUUUGUCACCUGCAAUUGUGCCUGACGUCAGUGUUUGCCUUAGCUUUGUCUGUCCAGAGAGAUGGGACUGAACCGGUUCCCUCCUCAGCCUGUUGCCUUCCUUCCCUUCAUCCUCACCGUGCUCCAGCUGUCCUCUCCUUUACAGUGCAGGCCUUUUAGCCUGCGCAUGUGCUCUACAGUGUAUCUUGCAUGUGUAACUCUGUGACGAUUCUCUUAGCUGUGCUUAACUCUUCUUUCUCUCUUCUUCAUUUUGUGGGUCAGACUCAAACAGCAGCAGUUUGCUUUGAAAAUGUGUUUCUAAAAGUUCGUUGUAAAUUAUAUAUUUUUAUAAAGAGUUUAUUUUCUUCUUGGCUUUCUGAGGUGUAUCAGUUCCUGUUGGAGGGUCAGAGGCUUUGACCAGCAUACUGACUACACAGCUGGUACUUCCUACCUUCCUUCAGUGACCCCACUUAGGUUAAUAACGUAUCUGGUAAUGGUAUCUUGAGCUGAAGAAAUCCUUGGGGAAAGAUUUGUAAUGGUUCUGCUUAUAAUCUCAGUUUUGUAAAUUUAACGUUUUUCUUUUUCUUUUUUUUCUUUUUUUCUUUUUUUCGCCCAAGACAGGGUUUCUCUGUGUAGCUUUGGCUGUCUUGGAAGUCACUGUGAUCAGACUGGCUUUGAACUCAAAGAUCCGCCUGCCUUUGCCUCCCAAGCACAGGAAUUAAAGGUGUGUGCUGCCACUUGGCUAAGUUUAGGUUUUCUUAAAGCACAAGGGGUACAUUUAGAGUGUUCUGGUGUGGACACAUGUCCAGCAAUAGAGUACAGUGUCCUUCAGUGAGCUGAAGCAGGUCUUCAGUACAGUGGCUUGUUAGAAGCCCGGGUUGGAGUCUGAGAAGUUACAACAUUAGUCAAAAUGAGAGGCUGUGCUUUUAGUUGAGAAGGUUGGUUUACCUAAAUAAAAUCAUUUAAAUAACUCUUGUUAGGUAUGCAGAGAGUUCCCACUAGCAGCUGUGAGUCUGCUAGAAGCCAUAGCUGCCGGCUCCUGUGCACCUCUGCAGCGUUUCUUGGCCCCCAGAUCAUUUAAUUCUUGUCACAGCUGUCCGAGCGUUGAAUCAUCAUUCUCUUAGAACAUUGAAUUAAAGUCACUCGACUCCCCAAGCUGGUGUCCUUAUAUCUCCGGCACUGGGCUGGCCUGUGAGGGCCCUAACUACUCAUUCCUUUGACAAACUGGAGAGUGCUACAGCUCCUGUAAAAAGUUUAUAGCAAUUACAAACCCUUAAUAGGAUCAGGGAACAUAUCCCACAGUCCUCAAUACAAUUAUGUUCAGGAGUUGGGUUUUGUUUUGUUUUUUAAAGAUGGGCCUCUCCAGGUAAUUCUGGCUGUCCUAGAACUCACUGUGUAGACCAGGCUGGCUAGCCUGGAACUCACAGAGAUCCACGUGCUUCCCAGUCUUCCAAGUGCUGGGAGUUAAAGGUGUGGACCACCACAGCUCAGGAGUUGUUUUUAUAUUCAUUGAAGCUAUUACUUGCUAUGUGAAGUGUUUUAACAUAAUGACGUGUUUCAGUAUGUAAUGUUGGCCUUGAGAGUCAAAUGCCUAAUCAAGUUUUUAACUUGUAAUUUUUUAGUUUGGAAUUAUUUUAUAUUUUACUAUUGAUGCAAAAAUAAUGAAUUGUUGCUGAGAACUUAGUCAUUUAUGUUUAAUUUAUUAUGUUAAUUCAGAUUUCAGCAUAUGGGAAGGAUUGCUUGUUUCCAGUCAGAUUUCUUAAAUGUCUGUGCUUUUAAAUUGCUGAAGCAACUGAUGUCAAAUGGAACCAUUAAAUACUCUGUUUACUGAACUUAAGUGAAUUCUGCCAAAUGUUAAUUAAAGACUCCCUUGAUCAUGAUUAUUAAAA